AUGUUCCCCACUCUGCUAUUCGCCAUGGGGGAACCCCAUGGGGUGAUUAAGCUAAAGAAAUCCCCAUUGGUAUUUAUCUAUAUAAGGCGGGGCUACCCAGACGCCCAAUACCUGUUUUUGCCUUCUUCGAACAACGUGACCAACAUGAUGGACGAAAAGAAGCCCCUGGCUGAACUAGAGGGCGUUGGGUCCCUGCCAGACUUCAGCCAUGUCGAUGAGAAGAAGAUUUUGCGCAAAAUGGAUCUGCGCCUAAUUCCAAUCAUGUCGCUCCUCUAUUUACUUGCUUUCCUUGACCGGGGGAAUAUUGGGAAUGCAAGGAUAGAGGGAUUGGAGGCGGAUCUUAGGCUGACGGGUUCUCAGUACAAUUGGUGUUUGACCGUUUUCUUUUUCCCCUAUGCUUUCUUUGAGCUUCCUUCAAAUCUCAUUCUGGCCAGGAUGAGGCCAUCGAUAUGGCUUCCUUUAAUUAUGAUUGCGUGGGGACUGGUAAUGACCUUGAUGGGAAUCGUUCAGAAUUAUCACGGCCUUUUAAUCUCUCGAAUAUUUCUUGGUCUUGCUGAAGCCGGUCUUUACCCGGGCGUAGCGUUCUACAUUACUAAAUGGUAUUGUCGACAUGAAGCUCAACUCCGACAAGCUUUAUUCUUCAGCGCGGCUAGUGUAGCUGGUGCGUUCUCCGGUUUGCUCGCCUUCGCAAUUGCAAGAAUGGACGGUAUUGGCGGAUUGGACGGCUGGAGGUGGAUUUUCGUCCUAGAAGGCAUCCUCACAGUAGUCGUCGCUGUUCUGGCCUUCUUUUUCAUCCAAGACUAUCCGGACACCGCAACAUUCUUAACAGAGGAGGAAAAAGCCUGGGUUAUCCACAGGUUGAGAUCUCAGUAUUCCGAUACCGCCGUAAAAACGGAAAAGUUCCAAUGGAAAUACGUCAAAUAUGCAUUGAUGGAUUGGCAAAUUUACCUAUCCCUAAUCACCUGGUACGGGAUUGUAUGCCCACUCUACGGCAUUUCCUUCUUCCUACCGACAAUCAUUAAAGACCUGGGUUAUACUUCUUCGACGUCUCAGCUUUUGACGGUUCCUAUAUAUAUUUUCGCUGCAAUAAUUUCAGUUUUAUCCGCUUGGCUGUCAGAUCGACAAGGGCAACGCUCACCUUUACUUUUCUUCCAUGUUCUAUCCAUUGUUGUUGGUUAUGCCAUCAUCAUCUCAGGUUCAGCGAGAGGCGUUCCAGGUGUUGUCUAUUUUGGGACAUUUGUGGUCGUAUCUGGUAUAUAUCCUGCUCUUCCGGCUAUUGUUACAUGGCUGAGCAACAAUAUGGCCGGUGACUAUAAGCGAGCGGCCGGAAUGGCGAUACAAAUUGGAGUUGGGAAUUUUGCUGGAGCCAUGGCUUCGAGCCUCUACCGAACCCAAGACGCACCGACAUACUAUCUCGGCCACGGCCUAGAACUCGGGUUGGCCUUUUUCGGCCUACUCGCUAUCAUCGGCCUCCGAGUUUCCUACCAGAUCGUCAAUAAGAAGAGGGAAGCACAGGCCCUUGAGGCCAAAUAUACACCCGACCAACUCCACCAACUGGGUGAUCGGGCGCCAACCUUCAAGUAUAUGUUAUAGGGAAGGAGUCGUUGUUUUUCCAUGUUCGUCUCCUUCUUCUCCCUUUUUUCCCCGUCUUUGCUCAAUUAUGCCCUACCUCCAAAGUCACAGAAAUGGUAAUGUGCAUGUACAUAUAUAUGUACGAUGUCGAAUUCUGGAGGGAGGUGUUUGUGAAGGCCUAAGGUACUUUUGUAUAUCCACAAUGAUAAUAAGACAUGAUACCACAAUGAGAGAGCAUUGGCCUAU